AGGUAAAACGGCUCUAAUCACAACAUUGUGAGCCAUUUUGUAAACAUCAUCAUCAGACAACCCAGACGAAAGACCGUAGAAAAACGUAGAAAGAAAUUAGAUCAUCAACAGAAAUAACUCUGAAAUGAAUGCUGAUUGUGCAGAUUAGAACUAAUUUUAAAGUUUUGCUACCUUCGGAUCAUACAGGAUGGGGAAAUCCUUUGUUUUGGACAUCAAGUACGAAGGCUCUAGCGAGAUAUUCAAGCUUGAUUACAACAUAAAAUGGCUGGAUUUGGAAGCAAUGUUGAAAUGCCAUCUGGAUGUUGACGAAGUUGCCAUUUAUUACAUGGAUGAUGAAGAUGAUGAGGUGUGUCUUGGCAGUGAAGCGGAAUUAACUGAGGCCAAGAAAGUUGCCGAGAAACAGGACGACGUGCUCUUGCUGAAGGUAACCCGCAAAACGCCUGAAUCGUCCACACCCGACCCCGCAGGAAAAAGUUGUUCCGGCACUCGUGCUGAGCCAGUCGAAACAUCAGAUCCAGAGAUAAAGUUGCAGAGGACAAAUCCUCAACUCCCGGUACAGUGCUCUUCGCAAGUUAGCAGCAGCAGCAGCAACAGUAAGAAGCCCGGUUCUCACUACGCAGACCUAAUCACUACGGCAGGCCAGCUGCAAAGGGCCCUGAGGGCUAAGAAACUACAGCAAGCAGCCGGUGCCCCGCAGCCGCCGCCAGGGAAGGAAGCAACUCCGACACAGGACCCAGCAGCAGUAGCCAUGACUGACGAUUCACAACCACCAGCUGCAGAAACCGUUGCCUGCGAGACCAAUGCAGGAGCAGCAGGCUCCGAGACUGCUGUCCCAGAGGAGCUUGUAGAGCGAGUGGUGCGUGGCGUCCUGAAUGGAUUGGAUAGAGCAGUAGUUGACGCUAUGUGCAUGAAAACACCUCCAAAAGUCCAAGAUCAAAGUGAUGGAAGCCCAGCUAAAAAAGUGUUUUGUCAUCUGGGCAUCAUAUGUGACAAUUGCAACAUGACUAUCGUAGGUGUGCGUUACAAGUGCGGGCAUUGCACUGACUACGAUCUGUGUGAAUCCUGCGAGGCUAUUGAGGGCAUGCACAACCCAAGCCACGUGUUCCUGAAGCUACGCCAGCCAGCCCACAAGGGCCUGGGUCUCAAGCCUGAUGGUAGAAUGGUUCCCUUGCUCAAGCGGCCUAUCUACAGCGACGAUAGCUCUGCUACUGUCAGCAAUAGUCUGAAACGCCUGGAAGAGAAGAUGGCUCGCAAAGCAGCCAAAGCGGAGCUCAAGCGGAAGUUCAAAGAGGAGAAGCGCCGCUAUCGCGGAGAGGUCCAUCACAUGAUCUCCCCCAGCAAACGUGAGCGCCUGGAACGCAUGGCCGAGAGGCAAGUGGAAGAGAUCCUUCAAGCAGCCCACGUGGUAGGGACUCCAAGGGCAGGCCAGGUGGCAGUCAGCCAGGCAGAUGGGGUGCCAGACGUGGUGGCAGUACCCCAGGGGGAGAAUGCACCUAGCCCUGCCGGCAUUGAGGAUAAAGGAGAAAAUAACUGGGUAGAAAAGACCAAGCUCUUCAUGCGUUUGAAGAUGGACGCAGAGUUUGUGCGUGACGGCAACCUGCCUGACGAUACCCACUUGCAGCCAGGCACCACGUUUGUCAAGAGCUGGGUGAUGAGAAACACUGGGCCAGCUGCCUGGAACCAAGACACUAAGCUGAAGUUCCUGUGGGGUAACAUGCCAGCUUCCACCCCUGAUGCAGUGGAUGUGCCCCUCGCCCCUAACGAGGAGGGUGAUAUCUGUCUGGAGUUUGUGGCCCCAUCCCUGCCAGGACGGUAUCAGAGCCACUGGCGCUUGGCCCAAGAUGGGGAACAGUUUGGCCAUCGUGUCUGGUGCAGUAUCACUGUUGAUCAACCGUUCACCAUGGAUGAAAAGAGAGUGGAAGAUCCCACUCAGGAGGCCUCCUGCGAUGCUGUGGCCCAGUUGCAGACUGACCAGCAGGACCCGUCCAUUCCCAUGCGGGUGUGUUCCUCAGCUGAGAUGCUGACCGCCCAAGAUGUGCUGUCCUUUGAGAUGCUGAAGAUCUCGGACGGCAACCAGGCCGACACUGAGACCGAGACAGAGGUGGCGGCUUUGAUCCCUCAGACGACCCCGACACCACACAACACGCCGCUGGGCGUGACACCCUGCAUUUCGCCAGUCCGUGAGCUGGACGCUAUUGCCCUUAGUCGCCACAUGUCACAGCACAGCAACAUGGAGAUCAAUGAAGCACCAUCAGAGGAGACUGAGGCUCAGCCCAGGCUGGAUCAGGGUUACGUGGAGAUGGACUGCGCAGAGCAGGAACAUGACGAUGAUGUAGCGACCCUGAGCUCCAGUGAGACCUCUGAGGAUCUGCUAGAUGACUUUGAGGUGGUGCCGCUACCCGACUGCUUUGAUCCCAACAAACCUCUGGACACAUCCGUGGUGGAAAGAAAGAGCUCUGUUACUGGAACUCAGACACACCUGACCCUACUGGAGCCCCUGCCAUUUACCACCAAGCAAGAUGCUUGCGUAUCUACUGUCACAUCCUGCAACACAGUUGCAACUGACGUGCCGAUUCUCUCCUCGACUGCUCACAGCGGGUGCCAAACCGCUGCCAGUGUUCAGCGUGACGCGGCAAGCUCAGCAAGCCCGAGCUCCAUCACGGUGGGAACCGAUGUGGACGCACUGUGCCCAACCUUCCACUGCGAGGCCCAGACUGAUUACCCUGCGGCCGGUGAGGAAUCGUUUGUCCACGUGGUCAGCUCGGAGCUGCAGACCAGGAACCCCUUCACCCCAUCCCAUCAGGAUGUGGCAGUAACCGCCGUUGCCAGCUCCAAAUGCGUGGCAACCAGUGCCGGAUCCUUCCUGAACAUCGCCAGCUCUGUGACUCAAACAGAGUCCUGUACGUCCCAGGAUGCCACUACCACUACUGCUAUACCGGUAUCCGUGGCAGUGGCUACCAGUGUAGACGCCCUCUUUAACAUGGCGCACACCGAGGCGCAGACGGUACCAUGCAUCCAGCGUGAUGCCAUGAUCCACGCCAUCCCAUCAUCCACGGCAGUCGCGACAGACGUAGAUGCCCUCCUCGCUACCGCUCACUCUGGCGCUCAGACAACCUGUAACAGCACAAAAGAUGCAACCACAGUUACAGCAGCUCCAUCCUCCAUAACAGUGGCCACUGAUGUUGAUGCAUUGUUCAACGCAAGCCAUGCUCACUCUCAGACCACACCCAGUCCCAUGCAGAAUGCCGCAACCUCUCCCAACCCUUUCUGCACCUCAGUGGCUACAGACAUUGAUGCGCUCUUCAACACCCCCAGCGCAGAGGUCCACACCGAGCCUCUGAUACCACACCAGGCGCACAGCCCUCUCCAGAUACUCAAGAUCGUCAGCCCAACAGUCACCGUUGACACCGCGACAGCAUCUGCUUCUUACCAACCUAACGCUGGUAUUGUCAUCAGUCCAUUUGACGAAGCUUUGGACCAUCAGCCACCAAAGAUCAUUGAUGUCACCGGUCAGCUUGGAACUAACGUCGAUAUUACCAAUCCUGCAAACCAGGCGACUGGAGAGAGAGACCAGGAGGAGUUCCAUGAUGCGAUGGAGCCCAGUGCAGCCCAAGAGCCCAGUGCAGAAGGGGCAGCUGCACCCAAUGAACCCAGUCAAACUAGCACUGAUGACCAGGAUCCCAUGGAAGCUCUUGGGUACACUGCCCAGAAGGCCAUGGAGUAUGCAGGAGGAUUUGUCAAACAGGCUUUUGGACAGGCUGCAAUGUCCGUCAGUGCUCUGCUUAACCCACAGCCUCUGCCCAAGCCACAGGAAUGGCCGGGUUCUCAGAACGAACCCACUGACCCAGUAGACAAACUGGUUGAGAUGGGCUUCGGCAACCGCCAACUCAACAAGGAGCUCCUGAAGAAACACAACAAUUCCAUCUCCCUAUGUGUGCAGGAACUACUACAGGAACAGGACGACUCCUGGCAUGCCUCCAGGCACUAGAGCCCAAUCAGAGUAUCCAGUGCACAUCACAUGACAGGCACCCACCAAUCAGGGGCUGCACUGCUUGUGUCACACGGUGUGCAACAGCCAAUAAGGAUCAUUGUAAAAUAGCAUUUUCAUUUCAGAGUUAUAUGUGAAAUUAAACACAACCAAUCACUGAACACAUUGUAUAUCACAUGAUAUCCUACCAACCAGUGAUGAUCCUUGUAAAAUAAUAGUCAAUAAAAUGUAAAGAAUCUGAAUUUUAAGUACACUUGUUACAGGAUUACACGUUACAAGCAGUUUUAACCAAUCAGAGUGCAUGAUGUUUAGGACAAAAAAAAAUCUGCAAAUUCAGAACUAACGUAAUAUAGUUCAUCAAAGUAAGUUAUCAAGAAGCAAGACAACUUAAUGUCAAGAAGAGAAAUUAAGAAUUAUACUACACAAGCUGUCCAGUGGUAUGCGGACGUAGUUAAUGUAUGUUUGAAUAUUACAAUUUUCAGUUUCAUGUUCUUUGAUGCAUUGAAAGGGAUAGUUUUCAAAAAUAUAACGUAUUUUAAAGCAACCCUAGUUCUGAUUUUUCAUGUGCAGUAAAGAUUAUUAUUGAAAGUGAUAAAACGUAUGACAGUACGGAGACAGACCACUUUUUGUCAUUUGUAGAAUAUUUCUGUCAUUGUCCGUAACGCUGUAAAAUCUGAAGGAUUAUUUUGAUCAGAACGACAACUGCAAUAACACUCCCUUGAGCUGUAUUUAAGGUGUAACAGAAACAAGAUUUUAGCAUUAAGGAUUCUUGAACUGAGUUUCUUUGUCUUUACAUAAGAAAAUGUAUACUAAAAACAUGUUUAAAGAUGUGUAACAAUAUAUUUCAAGUAAAUGACAUUGUACAGAACACAAGAAGUUGUAGAAAUAAUGCACAUUACAUAAUAGAAUGGUGAAGUAUUUUGGGGGCCUAGAACUUUGGUUUCUAAAUUUAAUUUCUGUAAGAUAUUUUGGGAUUCUUGUGAAAUAAAAUGUAGGAGAUACUCAAGUGGGUCUUGGUAAAGUGAGAAUUGAGUAGGCAAGAGUUUAUGGAACUUUGGGUGGGAGUGAUUGUUCUGUAACAAUUACGUUCAGACAAACUGUAUGUGAAAAACUGUUUGGUACAGAGAUGUAGCCCAGCAAAAAAAUGAAGAAAAAAAACAACUGCACUUUGUAAAAGUAUCCAGAUGGCUUAAAUUUGUCUUCGUUAAAUUUGUCUUCAUAGCCAAAUAAAGGUUUUCAGUUUAUUCUGGACAUUAUUGAAAGCAAAAUUCAUGUAUAGUUUAAAGGAUAAGCAUAUGAGACACAACAUAGGAAAGUAAAAUCAAACACAGAAACUAGUCUUUAUUUAAUCACUAAAAAGAAGUCAAAACUCUCAAACAUGAGAAUGAAAAAUAAAUGCACAAUCUAGCCAGAAUUUAUUUGGAUAAUUACUAAAAGAAUGUAGCGCGGCUGUGCAUGUGAUAAUUUUUUCAAGGGUUUGCGAUGCUAAAGAUUGCUAAUGUAGCCAUUGUAUAGAUCCAGUUUUUGAAUACAGAGUGAGCAUGUUGAAUGAUUGGAAGUUACCCGAAGAACUUUUGGCAGAGAUUUACAGUGCGAGUUUGUGAAAGCAUAUAACAUUACUAACAACUGGCUUGGUUUAUAAAAACAGCUUGUGUAUAGCUGUCCACUUAUAAAGUUUAACCAAAAUAAAAUAAAAGGUAACAUUAUAUCAA